CAAAAAAAACCGGCCCUAAACAUGACGUCAUCCUUCUUCCCUCCUCUCUUGCCCCCUCCCGAUUAUUUCGGCAUGCAUGUUGUUUUGUUUUGCCUCCUUGGUUCAAAAAUUGGAAAAUGUUAAAAAGUUCAACAAAAAUCAUCAGAAAAGCAAGUAUACCGCUCUUUAUGUAUAUAUCUCAGAGAAUUCUGUAACUUUUCGUUUGCUUUUGUAGUUAAUUCUAUUCUCUAUACGUUGCCUUGAUCAGUUACAUGAAAUUUUCAUGUUAUCGCCGCUAUGGAUGAACACGAUCUUGAAUCCAUCUGCCCCAAACUCCGCAACUUUGUUCAAGAGGUAGCGAACUUUAGACCUGGAGUCAGUCUGGAGCCAGUCAAAGUCAGAAACCUACAAUCUGGACGAAAUUCAGCUACUAUGAGUAUUAAACCAUGUAAAAAUGACAGAUUUUCUAUAGUGAUUCCUUAUUGCAACAAACAUCUGGUUUGGGAUGUAAUAUUCUUAUGUGACCGUCCAGAGUUACCUCCAGAUUUUUACUUCAAGGAUGGCAAUUUCUUAGACAAUGCUGAUUGUGACUUGAUCGAAAAGAAAUUUCCAAGUUUGGCACAGUGGGAUCACACGGAUCCAAAAGCUUUAUCUAACGUCAUCAAGGAGUUUCUAUGUCAUUUUAAAUUUUGUCAGUUUCAUUCAAUUCCGGAGAAUCAUCGAGCUUCUUCCGAAUUAGAAAUGCUUCUCUCUAAUGUGGACGAUUUGGAGGAUGUAGAAAUUCUAAACGAAGUUGACUCAAUCAAAGCAUUGGUGGGUUUUAAAUACAAUGGAGGACUUCAGGCUGAUUGCAAACUUGUGUGGGCAUUAAGUUUUGAUGGUCGCUCAGAUAGGGUCAGGUCCAGUCUUAAAGCUUAUGGCAGAAGCAAACUCUGGGAUGCCAGUGAUAACUUCGAAGGAACUUUUUACAACAACAAAACUCUUGUCUUCGAUAUCUUCCUUGAAGUGAAAAAUAAAAUAAAUCAGAUUUUUGAGACGAAGCUAAGACUGAUUGCAAGGCGGAAACAAAUCGUUCUUCAGUAUUUUGUGACCUUUAAAUCAUCCAUCGUAGAAUUUGACUCCAUCGAGUACACCUUUGUUGUAUUACAUCUAUCUCGAGAUAACUUUAGUUUUUUUCUAAAAAUCGAUUUAAAGAACCUCCCUGAAAGAGACCCGCAGUACCGACUUAUCAGCCACUACUGUUUUAAAGAUAUGAACUCUUUGGACUGCGUGGAAUAUUCCAUUACGAAUGUAAAGUAUCAUCAUCAAAUGCCUCCUCACAUGGUUGUCGAGGCUUUCUACACCCGUUUUUUUGAAGUUUUUCAUAAUUUUAGAAGAAGUAGCUUACAUCUGCUUGAAAAGAACUUGGAUUCUCUCAGAGCGUGAAUUCAAUUGUGAUAAAUGCACCAACUUACCCAUCCUCAUUUCGUAAUACUAAGCAGUAAGAAUCAUGCCUUUUUAUCUGUAAAAAUUUGUUGAUCUAUUUCAUUAUUUCUUCUCCAAAUUCCAAGUCAAUUGUGACACCCUCAUCUCCUGGAUCUGUUCAUCACUUAAUCGUUCAUGAAGCUCAGAGUAAUUGAGGACUGUGCCAAAAGAAGGGCGUAUGUAAUAGGUACAACACUUUAAAAAAACACAUUUUAAAGUUUAAAAUGGUAGCCCUAAGAACUGCGUGGAACUUUAACCAAAAAAUCCUUAAGUUUUAAAAUCCACAAAUAGGUUGAAAAAAAUGAAGGAAAUAAUUCGAAAAGAGUGUAUUUUGAUAUAUGCCCCUCUGUUGGCAUGGUUUUCAAUUGUCUUUAUUCAUAAUAGCACAUUUUUUAACAAAGAAAUUUGAAUGCACAAGUUUUGGCAACUUAAAAGAAAAAAAUAUUGUCAAAUAUUUUAUAUUAUGAACUAGUUAUGCAAUUUCUUUAAAAAUACCCAUGUCCGAAACCCCCUCAGUUAAAUUCUUAACUAUGAAGUAUUU